AUGAUGCGUGUACUAGUGGUCCUCCUGGUUCUUCUCGGAGUCGCCACGGCUUUCCUGGGCAUCGGACGGCAACAGUCGAUCGCCGUCAGCGGCAGGCUCAUCUGCAACGGCUACCCGGCCGGAGAAGUCCGGCUCAAGCUCUAUGAGAAGGAUAUUCGUGAGUUUUCGGAUAUUGAGAAGUAAACUAUUUUCAAAAAAGCAAGCUGAAACCACUUGAAACCUAAAGAGACAUGUCCAAGCUUAGAAGAAUAAUAUUUCAGUCUGGGACACGCUGAUGAAGGAGAGCUACUCGGGUCCCGACGGCACCUUCAUCAUUGCUGGCGACGGCCGCGAAAUCACCAACAUCGACCCCAAACUCAACAUCUACCACAAGUGCAACUACAACGGAGUGAGUCACAGAAAAAAAAAACUUUGAACUUUCCGAAACCCAGCCUACGGUAAAAAUCUGAGCCUACUUUAUUGAAAAGAAGCGGUACCGAUCCGUGCGAUAAUUGUUAGAUUCAAUUUUCAAGACAAUUUUUUAGCCAUGCGUCAAGAAGUUCGGCAUCACGAUCCCCGACCAGUUCAUUUCCGCUGGAAAGCACCCGCGAAUGACCUAUGACAUUGGAACGUUGAACCUCGCCAACAACUUUGACGGACAAUCAACAGAUUGCAUUAACUAA